UUCCAGCCGCGCCGCUAGACUGAGAACAAGAGCUGGGUUGGAAGGGGCGGGACCUGGGCAGCCCAGCUCGUCGCGACAGCUUGGAGAAGCAGUGGCGCCGCCGCCGUACACACCGGUGCCACCGUCUCUGUGUUCAUGAUGGAUUCGGGGAUGGAAGAGGACGUCACCCUGCCGGGGACCCUCAGCGGCUGCAGUGACCUUCACCCUAUUCUGCCAAGUGAGCUGGAUGGCAUCAAUGGCUUUGCUGGCUUGGGAAACAGAGGGCUCCCAAACAUGUCACAACAAAAGGUCUGGCCUUCCAGAGCCUGGAACAUGAAGGACUUUGAAAAUCAGAUCACUGAGCUGAAGAAGGAGAACUUCAACCUAAAACUCCGCAUCUACUUCCUUGAGGAAAGGAUGCAGCAGGAGUUUGCUGGCCCCACUGAGCACAUCUACAAGACGAACAUUGAACUCAAGGUGGAAGUGGAAAGUCUGAAGCAGAAGCUCCAGGAGAGAGAUCAGUUACUCAUCAGUGCCUCCAAAGCAGUAGAGAGUCUCACCGAAGGGGAAGGUUCUGAAGUCCAGCGCGUGAAAGAAGAUGCGAGGAGGAAGGUGCAGCAGGUGGAAGACCUCCUGACGGAAAGGAUACAUCUUCUAGAAGAAGAUGUGAAAGCCGCCCAAGCAGAACUGGAGAAGGCCUUUGCAGAGACGGAAACAGAGAAGGCAUUUCGCCUCAGCUUGGAAAGCAAGCUCUCUGAGAUGAAGAAGAUGCAGGAACGGGACCUGGAGUUGACUCUGGCUCUGGAAGACAAGGACAGACUGAUUGAGGAGUUGAAGCUGUCUUUGAAGAGCAAAGAAGCUUUAAUUCAGUGCCUUCAAGAGGAGAAAUCUCAGAUGGCAUCUCCUGACGAGAAUGUGUCAUCUGGAGAACUCCGAGGACUUUCUGCCACUCUGAGGGAAGCAGAGGAGAGAGACACUGAGGCUGCACAGAGGGAUUGGCAGAAGGAGCAAAAUCACUGGGAAGCGAAGAUCCAGGCACUUCAGGAGGACCUGAGAGAGAAGGAAAGAGAAAUUGCUACAGAGAAGAAAAAUAGCUUAAAGAGAGAUAAAGCCAUUCAGGGCCUAACCAUGGCAUUAAAAUCAAAGGAAAAAGAGGUUGAAGAACUUAACUCCGAAAUCAAAGAGCUCACUGCUGCUCUCACCAAACCUGGGGAGGCUCCCUUGAUAACACAGGCCACAAAAUUCCAGGGGUCUGAGGAUUAUGAGGCUGCCCUGGCAGAAAAGGAAGCCCUGUUGACCGAGCUGCACUCAGAAAACCUCACAAAGAGCACUGAGAACCAGAGACUGCUUGGGAAUGUUAAAGUGAUCACCCAGGAGUUGAGUGACCUGAAGAAGGAGAAACUGAGACUAGAGAGGGACCUGGAGGAAGCCCACCAAGAAGGGAGCAAACGGGCUCACACCAUCCUUGACCUUAGAAAUGAAGUUGAAAAACUAAGGAAUGAAGUGAAUGGGAGAGAGAAGGUCGUGGAGAAGCACUGCAGGAGUCUGCCGAGCGAAAGCAGUACAAAGCUCCACACUGCAGAGGAAGUGCUUGGGUGUCUAACAGAAAGUGGAAGUCAAAAGAGUCUGCUGCUUCAGGAAAAGCAACAAUCAGACUAUGAAGGGCUGACAGGGGAUUUAAAGACGGAACAGAGCAUAUAUGCCCAUCUGGCGAAGACUCUGCAGGACUCAGAUAGUAUCAGCGAGGUUUUUGCCCUGCGGAAGCAGCUGGAGCAGGAUGUGCUUGCCUAUCGGAAUCUGCAGAAAGCCCUGCAGGAACAGCUCAGUGAAAUUCAGAGGCGAGAAGAAGAACCAUUUUCACUUUAUAGUGAUCAGACAUCAUAUCUAAGUAUUUGCCUUGAAGAGCACAAUCAACUCCAAGUGGAGCAUUUUUCUCAAGAAGAACUCAAGAAGAAGGUCAGUGAGCUUAUACAGCUUGUGAAGGACCUGCACACAGACAAUCAGCACCUGAAGAAAACCAUUUUUGAUCUCUCUUCCAUGGGUUUCCAGGGAAACGACAGACUUGAGUCAACAAAACAAACAGAGAUCAUGGAGGACUAUGCCAAGAGUGAUUGCAAAAAUGAAUAUUUAAGGCAUAUGGAUUUCAAUAUUUUAGACCAUGAUGGAGCCAACACAUGUGGUAUCCCUGGAGACCAGAUCCUGGAAGACAAACUCCUGGGCCUGCUUGCCACUUUGUUCCAAAAGAAGGCCACACUGUUGCUGGAAGCCAGCAGACCAGAUCUUCUGAAAGCUCUGGGUGCCUUGGUUUUGGAACGAAUAUACUCGGGAGAGCAGGAACUUCCUGGAGAUCACCUUGAUAGUAAAGCUAAGAAGGCACUUCAGCAAGUAGCUGUUCGGCUGAGAGAUGAACUUGACCUUUCCUUCCCAGACGACUCAUUCUCCAAGUCACACAAUGAACUCAAGUCAACAUGGGGGACCUGGCUAGUAAAGACAGGUGACGGAGCCAAGGUGGAGCUGAAGAAUGCCUCAGUGCAAACUAUCACCACAGAGGACACCCCCCAUGAAUUCAAAUCUAAGGGCAAGAGAGAAGCUUGGCAAGAGAAACCAGAAGAGGCCAUUUUCAGCACUGACCCUGAGUCAGAGGCCUUGUGUGGGAUGCCAGGGCUACGGGCCACUCCCCUCUCAUUCCCUAGUACAAUCAACAAGGAUGCUGAGAAGACAGAAUUGAUGAUCAAGUUAAAAGCAUCUGAGUUACUGGAAAAUGUGUAUGAUCUUCCAGCCUCCCAAGAGGUGGUAGCUCAGCUCCAGGUUCAGGUUCUAGAGCUUCAGGGGGAGCUGAAAGAGUGUAAAACACGCAAUAAGAAACUUCAUGACAAGCUAAUUCUGGCAGAGGCAAUGAUGGAGGGGAUGACAAUACCCAACCCUGUGUUGCUGAAUGAGCCUGCAGCUGUUGUGAGAGCAGUCUACCAGGACAACCCAGGCAAGCAAGAAGGACCUGAAACCACACGCUCUGCUUGGAAAGACAAAGAAGCGGACAGUAACCAAUACACGAGCUUUGAGAUCGAUUCUGAAAUGUGUCCACCUGAUGACCUUGCCCUAUUACCAGCAGGCAAAGAGAACACGGGAGACUUCUUAGGCCCAACCUCUGUAGCCACUUACUUGAAUUCUAAGAGUCAACUCUCCAUUAAAGACAGUGUGAUUGAGACUGACCAGUCUGAGAACAUCAAUAUCCCCAAUGACACAGAAGACUUAAAACAGAAAACCCAUGCCUUGCAAACAGAGCUGGAUAGCUACCGGAACUUCAUUGUCGAGUUACAGAAGCACUCUCAGUGCAGUGAGGCCAUUAUCACAGUUUUGUGUGGGGCAGAUGGGGCUCAAGAUGGCUUGAACAAGCCAAUGGGCCAAACUGAUGAAGAAGAGAUGACAGUUUCACGUUUGCACCAAGUACGGUAUGUGAAGCAUAUGAAAAUCCUCCAUCCACUAACCCCAGAGAUGAUUGACAGCGGGAUGCUAGAGAGCCUCAAACAGCAGCUGGUGGAACAGGAGAAGGAGCUACAGAAGGAGCAGGAUUUGAACUUGAAACUUUUCAGUGAAAUCCAUAACCUGGAGAACAAGUUCCGAGACCUCUCUCCGUCAAGAUACGAUUCAUUGGUUCAGUCCCAAGCCAGGGAGCUCUCCCUUCAGCGGCAGCAGAUUAAGGAUAGCCAUGACAUCUGUGUCAUUUACCGUCAACACAUGAGCACCAUGAUCAAGGCAUUUGAGGAGCUUCUGCAGGCCAGCGAUGUGGAUAGUUGUGUGGCUGAGGGCUUCCGGGAACAGCUAACACAGUGUGCUGAGCUGCCUGAGCAACUGGAAAAGCUGUUUCUCCAUGGAACGUUGGCCGGAGCAGAACUGCGUCACCAGAGGGACCUGCAGGAGAGGUUGAGAACUGAAGAAGACAACUUAACCCAUCAUCAUCUCCUGCCUGACUCUGCCGAGCCUUCUGCCUCUCAUGCACUCUCAGAUGAUGAGAUGUCUGAUAAAUCCUUCCUGUCUCUAGACCAGAAGACAGACAGCAAGACUGGGAAGUUCCCUGCUAUGGAGAACCAUUUUCCUCAAGACUUACUAAUGGAACACAUACAGGAAAUUCGAACUUUGAGAAAGCAUUUGGAAGAAUUUAUUAAAACAAAUGAGAAGCUCCGGAAACAGCAGGAACAUCAAAGGUCUGAGACUGACCAAGGUUCCACAAAUGUUUCUGCUUAUGGCUCAGAGCUGCACAGCUCUCUGACAUCAGAGAUACAUUUCCUGAGGAAGCAGAACCAGGCCCUCAGUAUUAUGCUUGAGAAAGGGGCCAGAGAUAAACAGAAAGAGAAUGAGAAAUUACUUGAGUCCCUGUCUAGGAAGGCUGCAAGUCUUGAGCACCUUCAGCAAGAGUACACCAGUGUGAAGGAGGAAAAUGAAAGGUUACAGAGAGACAUCAGUGAGAAGGAGAGACACAAUCAGCAGCUGACCCAGGAGAUCUGCAGCAGCCGCCAGGAGCUGAGCAGGGUACAGGAAGAAAUGAAGUCAAGGCAACAGCUGCUCUCACAGAACGAUAAGUUGCUCCAGGCCCUCCGAGUGGAGCUGAAGGUAUAUGAGAAGCUGGAUGAAGAACAUAGGAAGCCAAAGAGAGAGGCCCAAGGUGAGGCAUCUAAAGAAGGCUGGAAUGGGCCCGAUUCUUUCAGCGACCUGCAUGGCCUCCUGACAGAGAUGAGGGCUCUUCGUGAGCAGCUAGAGAGGAGCAUCCAGACUAACAGCACCCUGAGGAGCAGGCUGGAGGAGCAGCUGUCACAGGGAGCGAAGAUGCCCCAGGAAGGGGCUCUCACUCUGGCUGUCAAGACCCUAUCUGUCACCGAAUGUUCCCUUCAGCUGGAUGAGCAUGAUGGCACCAAAUGUCCUGAGCCCAGUGAUAAUUCAUUUGAUCUAUUUGAGUCCACCCAGGCAAUGGCACCUAAAUCAGCUUCCGAGACUCCUCUGCUCUCUGGAACUGACGUGGACUCCCUCUCCUGUGACAGUAGCGCUUCCAUCAUCAGCCCCCCUUGCAUGCCCUGCCUGGUUGCUGAACACCAUGUGUGGGCAAGCAAGAGUGGCCACCAUAUGCUGGGCCUGAUUGAGGACUUUGAUGCCCUCCAUAAGCAGAUCAGCCGUGGCCAGAGACUGCUUGCCAAGAUGGACAUUCAAACUCAAGAGGCUCUGGGCCCCACAAGUCAAAAGCUGGGGCCAAAGGUUCCACUCUCUGUGCCUCUGAGCAAGUUUCUCUCCAGCAUGAACACAGCCAGGCUGAUCCUGGAAGAAGCCUCAAGGUUGCUGAAACUCUUCUGGAGGGUCUCAGUCCCCACAGAUGGCCAGUGUUCACUUCACUGUGAGCAGAUUGGAGAACUAAAGGCAGAGAUCACCAAACUACACAGAAAGUUGUUUGAACAAGAAAAGAAGCUGCAGAACACAGCAAAACUUCUGCAGCAGAAAAAGCACCAGGAGAAAGUCAUCUGGGAUCAGUUGGUCAUCACCCACCAAGUCCUUCAGAAGGCCAGACGAAACCUUGAGCAAAGAACUAGGACUGCCCAUUCAGGAACAUCCAGUCCCAGCAGACCGGGUUCAUGAAAUAAUAAAUACAAUAAUAAUAAAAAAAAUAAAGCUUGUG